AUGGCAUCCAGGCAAAUUGGCCGCCUCGGCCCCAAGCUGGGCGCUUCUGCGCUCGUCGUUCGCGGUACCUCACCGCUGAACCUUCCCUUGACCCUCAGGGCCGCCGCCGUCACAGUCAAUGCUACCACGACGCGGUGCUAUGCGAAGGCGCCAAAGCCGAGGCCAUCGACGGAGCCGAAGCAGCCAGAGGGCAUACGUCUUGCCAUGAGGGCCCGUCUCUUUCGCUCCCACGAGAAGUUCGUCGACAGACACAUCGGCCCCAAUGAUGAGAACAUUCAGGAGAUGCUCAAGACCCUUGACCCGCCAGUUGAGUCACUCGACGAGUUCGUGAAGCAGGUCAUUCCGGCCGACAUUCUGACGCAGCGCGAGCUGUUCCAUGACCACCAUAACUACUAUAGUGCCCAGAAAUACGGUGUUAAGGAGGGUCUGGAGGAGUAUGAGGUCCAGGAUCUUGCUAAGAACAUGGCCUGGCGCAAUGGGAUCCUGGGCAAGAAUAUGAUCGGCAUGGGCUAUUACGAGGCCCGGACUCCUGAGGUCAUUAAGCGCAACGUCUUUGAGAACCCUGCCUGGUACACCAGCUACACGCCCUAUCAGCCCGAGAUUAGCCAAGGCCGUCUUGAGUCGCUGCUCAACUUCCAGACCAUGGUUUCUGAUCUGACCAGCCUGCCUGUUGCCAACGCCAGCUUGCUCGAUGAGGGCACUGCUGCUGCUGAGGCCUUGACUAUGUCUCUGAACACCCUGCCGACUACGCGGGCUAAGCGCCCCGGUCGUACCUAUGUCGUCGAUGAGAAUGUCCAUCCUCAGACCAUCAACGUGCUGCGCAGUCGUGCCGAGGGUUUUGGCGUCAAUGUCGUACUGAAGGACCUUUCCAAGGGCGACUACUCGGAUAUCGAGGCUCUGGGAGAAGAUUUAGUUGGUGUUUUGGUUCAGUAUCCGGACACUUACGGUAAUGUGAGCGACUACAAGGUCCUGGCUGAGGUUGUUCACAAGCAAGGUGCUCUGCUUGCCGCGGCGACUGACCUGCUGGCUCUCACUCUCCUGACCCCCCCUGGUGAGUGGGGUGCCGACAUUGCGCUUGGCAACUCCCAGCGGUUCGGCAUUCCCCUGGGCUUUGGCGGCCCGCACGCUGCUUUCUUCGCCGUCCAGGAGAAAUAUAAGCGCAAGAUGCCUGGCCGUCUGGUCGGUGUCUCCAAGGACAGGACCGGUCGCCGUGCUCUCCGGCUUGCCCUACAGACGAGAGAGCAGCACAUCCGGAGAGAGAAGGCCACCAGCAACGUAUGCACUGCUCAGGCGCUGCUUGCCAAUAUGAGCGCUUUUUAUGCCAUCUAUCAUGGUCCUGAGGGCUUGAAGCGUAUCGCUGAGAAGUGCAAUCUGGGCGCCCGGGUGCUACAGGCUGCUGCCAAACACUUUGGCCUUGUUCCUGCCGACGCCCCGCCUGUGGCCUUCGACACGCUCGCCAUCAAGAUGAAGGAUACCGAUGCGUCUAUGAAGCUCAAUUUGAUUUGUUCCAAGAGACGCAUCAAUGCUCGGGUGGCAGAGGGCAAUUUAUGGUGCAUUAGUGUUGAUGAAGCCACACGGGAACUCGACCUGCUCCGUGUUAUUCAGAGCUUCGACGAGUUCGUCAAUGGGUGCCCGGAGAACGACCGUGAAGCGAACUCUACUCAAUGCCAUCAGCUAUUGACUCGGUUCAUUGCCGAAGAGAAGGCAAAGCCCACCUCAGUUGAUCGCCUGAGCCCCGGGUUUAAGAGACAGUCCCCCUACUUGACGCAUCCCGUGUUCAACUUGUACCACUCCGAAACCGAGUUGACCCGCUACAUCUACCACCUCCAGUCCAAGGAUCUGUCCUUGGUUCAUUCCAUGAUCCCGCUUGGCUCUUGCACCAUGAAGCUCAACGGCGCCACUGAGAUGUCGUUAAUCUCGCAUGACCACUGGCUACGCGUUCAUCCCUACACUUUCUUCAGCUACACUCAUGGUUACGAUGGCCUUAUCACUGGUCUCAAGAAUCAGUUGAAGAUAAUUACGGGCAUGGACGGAGUUUCCUUGCAGCCGAACUCGGGUGCCCAGGGUGAGUUUGCCGGUCUGCGCACCAUUCGCAAGUUCCAUGAGUCCCGCGGCGAAGGUCACCGCGACAUCUGCCUGAUUCCCGUCUCAGCCCACGGUACCAAUCCGGCCUCGGCUGCCAUGGCUGGUAUGCGUGUGGUGCCCAUUAAGUGCGACACCAAGACGGGCAACCUGGACCUGGCUGAUCUCGAAGCCAAGUGCGAGAAGCACGCUGAUGAGCUGGCGGCUAUCAUGAUCACCUACCCAAGCACAUAUGGUGUGUUCGAGCCGAACAUCAAGAAGGUGUGCGAGAUCGUCCACAAGUACGGUGGCCAAGUCUACAUGGACGGCGCCAACAUGAACGCUCAGAUCGGCCUGUGCUCGCCGGGUGAGAUCGGCGCCGAUGUGUGCCACUUGAACCUGCACAAGACCUUCUGCAUCCCCCACGGCGGCGGCGGCCCUGGUGUUGGCCCCAUCUGCGUCAAGAGCCACCUGAUUAAGCACCUCCCGGCCCGUAAGCCGGCCUACGUCAAGGACACCACCAACUGGCCGGUCGCCAGCGCUCCUCAUGGCAGUGCGGCCAUCUUGCCCAUCCCGUGGGCUUACAACACGCUCAUGGGCGGCGACGGCCUGAAGAAGGCUACCCAGGUGACCUUGCUCAACGCCAAUUACAUGCUCAGCCGGCUCAAGCCGCAUUACUCCAUCCUGUACACCAACGAGCAUGGACGCUGCGCACAUGAGUUCAUCCUGGACGCCCGGCCGUUCCAGGAGUCUGCUGGCAUCGAGGCUAUUGACAUCGCCAAGCGUCUGCAGGAUUACGGCUUCCACGCGCCCACCAUGAGCUGGCCUGUUCCAGGCACGCUCAUGAUUGAGCCGACGGAGAGCGAGAGCAAGGAGGAGCUGGAUCGCUUCUGUGAUGCGCUGAUUAGCAUUCGCGAGGAGAUUCGCGAGAUUGAGGAGGGGAAGCAGCCACGCGAUAGGAACGUGCUCAAGUUGGCGCCGCACCCGAUGCAGGAUCUUAUUGAUGGUGAUGGCGAGGGCAAGUGGGAUCGGCCGUAUAGCAGGGAGAAGGCAGCGUACCCGCUGCCGUGGCUGCGCGAGAAGAAGUUCUGGCCUAGCGUGGCACGGUUGGAUGACACCUACGGUGAUCUCAACCUCUUCUGCACUUGCCCUCCUGUCCAGGACACCACCCAGGAGUAA